AAAAUUCCUUUCAAUUCAUAAAAACUUGUUGAAGUUUUAGAACAGUUUUACUUAUCCUUUCGAUUCCAGCACAGUAGCAUCAUAGUAUCUAAGCAACUACUGAGAGAACAGGUGCUUCAGCAGAAGAAAGACAGCUGCCAAGAUGUCAGAUAGAGAUGUUGCAAGAGACAAGGCAGCCCGUCUGCUGAAGAAGCAGGGGUCGGUGUCUUCAUUCACUAGCAGUGAAGCAGCAAAGCAUGACCGUGCCCAGAAAGUUGGGCAUUUGUCCAACCGGUCAGUCAGCUCAGUGUCCUUCAUGGAUGAGCCAGGCCAUGACGACCACUACCACGCCCCUGUCAAGUUUGAGAACACGUACCAACUUGAACCGGCCAAGAGAUUCCCUUACGCAACAGUCAGAAGCAUCAUCAAAGAGUCCAUGGAAAAUUUGCUUUCGGAAGAGCAGUACAGACCGGAUUUCUGCCGUGACAUGAGUAAAACUCUUUCAGAUACAAUCAAGGCCAGAGUGAAGUCUCUGAUGAUUCCUCGUUACAAGAUAAUUUGCCUGGUACAGAUUGGUGAGCUCAAAGCACAAGGAAUGAGAGUCGGCAGUCGCUGUUUGUGGGACGAGGCAAAUGACACUUUUUCUUCGCACGAGUUCAGGAAUAAAUCUAUUUACGCUGUUGCAUCCGUGUAUGGGGUCUAUUAUGAAUGAGAAAAUUUAAUCCUACUUCUUUGAGAACCUGUUAUCCAUUUAUCAUUUGUUGCUUCGCGUCCAGAAACUUUAAAAGGUGCCAGUGAAAGAUUUUUGUAGUUAACCAAAUAUUUCUUUUUAAAAAGAUGAUAGAUGAGGCUUGUUGAUGCUGCCAUUUCAAAACUUUACUUGUAGGAUUGCUGAAAUCGAUCUCAGAAAGAGAAAACAUACAGUUUUAAAGGUGUUUGGUGGCAAUUUUGCGCCAGUUAUUCCUGUGAUAUUCAUUGUAUUUUUACAACCUUAUUGCCAUUUUUUGGUCUAUUUUAUGUAGCGUUAGCUUUUGCCAUGCAUUUAAAAGUGCCUGUUUUGAAUAUGCUUUUGGGUUCAUUAUAUCUUUUUAUGUGAAGAAAUUUGAGCGAAAAUAAUUAUGUUUUUUUGUUAGUUAGGGAAUUUAUCUCAUUCUUGUUGAUGCCAUGCUAUUGCUUAAAAAAAAAAA